GUUGCAAGAAUGUUCACUAUGACCUUGUCUUCAUCUUGGAUGCCUCCUCCAGCGUCGGAAAAGAAGAUUUUGAGAAAGUUCGGCAGUGGGUGUCUAAUUUGGUGGAAACUUUUGAGAUUGGCCCAGACAAAACCCGUGUAGGUGUGGUACGAUACAGUGAUCGUCCAACCACAGAGUUCGACCUGGGAAAGUACAAAACCCGUGAGGAAAUCAAAGAGGCUGCACGAAAAAUUAAGUAUUACGGGGGUAAUACGAACACUGGAGAUGCUCUCAGGUACAUCAACACCUACAGUUUUUCCAAAGAAGCUGGUGGGAGACUUAGUGAUCGAACUGUUAAAAAAGUGGCUAUCCUUUUGACUGAUGGAAGGAGCCAGGAUCAUGUCUUGGAUCCAGCCACUGCAGCCCAUCAGGCUGGGAUUAGGAUCUUUGCUGUGGGUGUUGGCGAAGCCUUAAAAGAGGAACUCGAUGAGAUUGCUUCAGAACCCAAGUCUGCUCAUGUGUUUCAUGUGUCUGAUUACAACGCCAUUGAUAAAAUUCGGGGGAAGCUGAGAAGACGUCUCUGUGAAA